GCCAUUUUUAAGACUUUGUUUUGGAAAUAUUAACGAUAAUUUGUUUUGAUUUUAACAAAAAAACUUUAUUUUAAAUAAAAUAUUAUGGGUGACGAAAAUUCUCUAAGGGUUACAUGCAAUGAAGAAAAGAAAUCAAGAAGACAUUCAGUGAUUGGACUUUUUCCUGAAUUGUCAAUUUUGCGUAAAAGAAAGCGCAAGAUUGAAGAUGACUGUGUUAGUUUGCAGAGUUUUGAAUCUGGCACCAGUCAACAGAAGAAGAGCCGGAGGAAGUCGCUGCUGCGUGUCUCUUCACUGGCAAAUCUGCUCUCACCGAAGGCCAACCGCAAACAAGACACACUCAAGCGCACCCUCAGUUUCAAAGUCCCGCUGGCGCCCCAUGUCUCCAACAAGUGCCACGCCCCCUCCUCCAUCUCCCCCUAUAAGGCCCCGCCCCCCUCGCCCGGCCGCUGCAGGCUGUCACGCACAUGGAGUGACAUGAUGAACGGGGACUCCUCCACCCUUACCAGACUCAGCAACAACGACAUCAAACUGCAAGAGGCAAUCUACGAGCUCUAUCAGGGUGAACUAGAUCUAAUUGAGGACCUCAAUGUCGUGAAAAAUACAUAUCAGGACUCUAUGCGAAAGCUACAGCUGAUGACGGAAGGUGAAUUGCAGCAGAUCUUCGGCCCUCUUGAUGACCUCAUACCCAUACAUGAGGAGCUUGUGAACCGACUGAAAGGUCAGAGACUGCCUGAUGGGACCACGGGAGAGAUAGGGCAACAGCUGGUGGACUGGGUGCCCAACCUGCGUGUGUACGUGCCGUUCUGUGCCAACCAGGUGUUUGGCAAGGUGCUCUUGGACGAGAAAAAGGAGGAACCAGCCAUCGAUGACUUCCUGCAGAGGUGUCAGGACUCGCCGUUCAGUCGCAAACUUGACCUCUGGGGGUUGCUAGAUGGUGCCAGAAGCAGAUUUAUGAAAUACCCACUUCUUUUAAAGAGCAUUCUCAAAUAUAGCUCUGGCUGGCUGGACACUGAGCUCCUGGGAGAGGCAGUGCGGCUGGCAGAGUCGGUGGUGGCUGACGCGGACAGACGGACAGGCGAGGCCAAGUGCAUCUACUUUCGCUCACGAAUAACGUAUCUCUAUGAGGACCAGAGACACAGUGCGAUAGAGACAGCCAGCACAUUGCUCUGUAAUGGAACUUUGAAGAACAACAAAGGCAGUAAGCUACAGCUGUUCCUGUUUGACACAAUCGUGGUGCUGACGAGGCUGGUGACGCAGGGAGGCCAGCAGAGAUUUCAGGUGUACCGGGACCCCAUACCGGUCUGUGAACUCCUCCUGGAAGACUUGAAGGACGGCGAAGUGAAGAUGGGCUCCUUCAGGACGGCAUUCAGCUCAUCACAGACAUCAAAGAACAUUUUCCGCGUUUCCCACAUGGACUCCAACAAAGCACAGUCGCACACUCUGAUGUGUAACGAUGAACAUGACAAGCGUCAGUGGCUGCACUGUUUCAAAAUAGCCAUCAACGCGGUCCCGAAAACCCUGACGGAUAACGUCAGCCUGAAGUCCGAAAGUUCCGAGGGCGAGUGAAUAAUGGCCGCAGCGACGCUUGAUUGUAGAUUGCCUGCAACGCAUGUAUUGUUACUAUAACAUGUAUGUUAGGUGAGAUAAGAUUUUUUGAAGAUGUAACUGUUGAGUGCCUGGAGUUGUUGGGAAGCGUGCAAUACACCUGGGGGACAUUCCUGAUUGGGCGAACUUGUACAGGUUGACUGAAGGACCUAAUCAACAUGCAGAUAGGGCAGAAAAUUGUAAUUUAUGUUGAGAAUGAUGCAUGAAGAUUGGAUGGAAGAGUUUGUUGGCAGCGAACAAAGUGUGCUAUUAAGUCCUUUUUGCUGCAUGAAUCCUGGUGAAAUUUGUAUUGUUUUUGGACAUUUGAAAAAUGUUGUAUUGUUUGAAAAUACAGACACGCUAAAAUAAUUAACUGCGUGUUGUCUGCACUUGGUCUUGUGCAUAUUGUUACAAAACCUUAAAGAUAACAACAGGGUUUUGUUUAUCCAUGACCACCUUAUUUUAAAUUAUAUACUUUUGGAAUGAACUACACUACCAUAUUUUAGUAUCUUAUGUUAGUUUUAACUUUGCAUAGGCUGUAUUGUUUAAUUAUUUGUAUGACUUUGAUCUGUAUUUCUGCUAUUGUUAAUGCAUUGUUCACCACAGUUUGCCUUAAUAGAAAAUUGUGUACAUUAUUUGUUCUAUCUUUCACCCAAUUAUCAGCAGUUUUUUUUUAUUGCUUAUCAAUAUUUAAAUAAAUGAAGUGGAUAAUUCUUCUAUGUUGGCCUUUAUGCUCUUUAGAAUUCUUUCGUAACAUGAAAUGGCGCCAUAAUAUAACGCUGUUAAUUUGUUUAAUGCUUAAUGCACUCUGGGUUGAAUUAAAAAAAAUUGUUUUCAAAAAGUCUGAAAUAUUGUAAUUAAAUAAAUAUCAGUUGAAAAGUAUUGGACUGUAUAGAUGUUUAAUUUCUUCAAUAUAAAAUAUUGGUAAAUUGGAUAAAUAUUUAUCUUAUUUUAUUGGGUCAAGAUUUAAUUUUAAUUAUUCAUUUAAAUUAUUCCUACUUCAGUUAAAUCUUACCAACAUUUCUUAUCCACCAAUAUCAACAAACUUAACACAAAUCGGGGCAUUUCUGUUAAUUGAACAGAGAAUUUGUGUUUAUUUUGUUUUAAUCACUGCCUUCUUUUAUAUUGCAAUAGUAUUUUGCUUUCAAUCUAUGUGAUUUAUGUAUACUGAUACUGUUUAUAUGCUAUGUAUUGAGAUUAAAGAAAGUAUGUUAUUCAAUCAUACUACAAAAUGUAUUUUGUAUUUGUAUUUCAGUAGCUUGUGUUUGGACAGGUUUGUUGCCAAUAUUUAUUAAUAAAGUAGUCUGAAAAAUGUGUCAUAUAGCUUUGGUGCCACAUUCAUAAAUCUAUACAUGUACUUGUUUUAAUUACAUUUUGUAUUAUAUAUAUUUUAUCAAUGCAAUGUAUUGGUUUUAUGCAUGUAUGUAAAACAAAAUCUGUCAUUAUUUUAUCAUAUUUUGUGUUUUACAGUUCUGCCUACUCAUGUUUCUCAUUCAAAACUCUGUAGAUUCACCUUACAUUUUAGCUAAAAUAUACUUGACAUUGACUUUUUAAAAAGUAACUUAAGAAGUAUAACAGGGUAUUUGUGCUUUUGAUAAUUAGCAGUACUUCAUAUGGGUAGUUUUUAUGCCACCGAAGGAGGGCAUAUAGUGAUCGAACUGCCUGUCCGUCUUUCAGUCACACUUUUGCGUUUAGGUUUCGAAAAAUGCUCAUAACUUCUAUGUCGCUUCAGAUGUAACCUUCAUAUUUGGUAUGCAUGUGUAUAUUGACAAGGCCUUUCAAUACGCACACAAAUUUUGACCCCUUUGACCUUGACCUUGAACUAAGGGUCUGCAUUUAUGUGUCGAAAUCUGCGUUUAGGUUUCGAAAUCUGAGUUUAAGUUUCGAAGAAGCGUUUUCGAGGGCAUAUAUCUUCAGAUAGAGAAAGCUCUUGUUUGUUUUUAUUUGUAUUUUAGAUUUUAACUUGUAUCUUUUCUUGUUGUCUUUUUCUCUACAUUUAUAUGUAAUUGUUGAACAUGUUUGUAAUGAUGUCUUUUCUUUAAUGUUAAUUCUAAUGCUUCUGAACUCUGGAUUUCACAAACACACACAGAGUAGUAUUUGUUCUCUUGUCAAAUUGUUGGAACCUGUCUUUGAAUGAAAAGAUUGAAUCACUGUUGUUUUUUUGUUGCAAUAUAAGUUUUCCAUCAUCACUUGCCAUUUUCUUAAUAAAAUAAUGUCUUAUUUGUAAGAUUCCCUUGCUGGUGUAUACUUGUACAAAUAAAUAAUGAAUAAACACAACACAAUGUAAGUGCAUACAAUGGGUUUCAUUAAUUUUGUACUCAAGUGUAAUUUACUUUAAAAAAAACAACAAAGUUUUACAUUCCAAAUGGUCGAAAUGCCUCAUGCUUUUGACUGCCUAAACAUGCUUGCCUAGAAACGCAUCUUAUUUGUAUUAAACUGUAAACAUAGAUAGAAACGCAUCUUAUUUGUAUUAAACUGUAAACAUAGAGAUAAUGGAUUUUAGGUCCAAUCUAAUCCAAAUUUGUAUUGCUUGUACUUACUUUAUGCACAGUGGUGUAUCAUAUAAGUUUCAUUGUACCUGGUUUGUCAUUUUAAAACUAUUUGUUAUGCAUAUAUGUAUUGUUUUUCCAUUUCUUUUUAUAGGCCAGUAACAAAAGCUAUAUUUUUUCCCACCGUCAUCCAUAUUGUUGAUUGCAUUUAGUGAGUGCCUCUGUGAAUUUCCAUACAAAGGAAACCAGAUUUUAUCUUUUAAGCCUAUUUCAGGAAACAAACUGGGCUCAGAUAUGUAAACAUGUGUGUUAAGUGUCCUCUAGAUUUGCCUGUGCAAUCAGCACAGGCUUAUUAGAGAAGUCUUUUAAAAGAAAAUCCAUUCAAGGUGGAAAGUGUUGCUGCAGAUAGGCCUAUGGGGAAUGCACUGGCAAAUUUGAGACGACACUUGGCGCAGGUGUUUUUAUCUAGCACCAAUACUCCUUACUUCAUUACUUGGAUACUAAGACUGGUGUUGCUUUUGAUCUCAUUUCUGAUCCAGUCACAUCACCAAAUCACACUUUGACCUACUUUGGAGUUCAAAUGCACCAUUAAUUGCUUGAUUGGAUUCUUAAAUCUGUCAUCAACAAUGAGGAAUGUUAAACGCAAUUACUUAGAUUCUGGUUGUGUAUUAUUACUUUUAUCACAUUUUGCAGUUAGAAUGAUUAAAAUGGGUUUGUUCAGUACAAAAAAAGAUAAGGGGCAGGGGAAUUACAAGUUUGCUCAUUAAUGUUGAUAGUAAAAAAAUUCCUUCAUAAAACUUUGGUAUGAAAAUAAAAUGUAAAUAUUAAUGUUCUUUGUAACGUUUUAUGCUAUUUACUUAUAGUCAUGUAUUUAUAUGUUUACAAUAGUGAGUAUAACACGUAUAUCUAAUUAAGCAUUAUUAAUUAUCAAUACUUGUAAUAGUUAGUAUUAUAGUAGUUUAUAUUUGUUUGUAUACUUAUUAGUAAGACCUUAUUGUCACUGUCCGAAAUGCACAAUGUGCUUGUCAACCAUAUAUUUUACAAGUUAAGAAAACUUUUACAAAUAAAUUAUUUCCAUUUUUUUCCAUGUUCAUUCAUAAUUCAAAAUUAUUUUUUACUGUUUUUUUUUAGACUUAUUCAAAUUGUUAUUUUUCAUGCAGUUGUAGAAUAUGUGGUUGACAUGCAUCACUAUAACAGUCAAACAUUAUCUAAGUCAUAAUGAUCAUUUUAGGUUAUCAACACUUAUCACAUUGCAAACACUUUGAAUGCAUAGGUUUACAUACUUUUUGAGUUUCAGUUAAAGGGUAAGAUAAUACUGAAGUUGUUUCUGAACGAAGCACCUAAAUAUUGUUUUGCAUUUAGCAAUUGAUUUGUAGCAAUGCCAUAAAUUGAACCACUCAGUGAACACAGUAAUACCUCUUGGCCAUUUUGUGCGUCAAAAAUUCAAUAACAUUGCCAUGUUUCAUGAUGAACUGCUUUUGAAUUGUUUAGCCCUGUUUAUUGUGAAAUCCAUUUUCUGUAGUUCACACUUUCGGUGCACGAUUGUGACUCAUUUUAAAUAAAACUAUUUUAGUCUCUUUGAAAAGGUUUAUCUAAUGUACCGAUUUUCAUAUGAAAACUCUUUAAUUACUUUAUAAUGAUGAUUUUAACAUCAAAUUAUAAAAACACCAGACCAUAUGACUACACAUGUUUCAGACUUAUUCUUAAACUUACAUGUCAGGCAAAGACAAUUUCUGUACUAUAGAAAACGUUGAAUUGUAUUGCCUAAUAUGGACGUUCAAGAAUACGAAAUAUUUUAUGUUGCUUGUAGUCAUCACUGUGCACUUGAUAACUGUACUGUACAUUUUGAAGUGUGAAGGUUUCUCACAAGUUUGAUUAUUCAUAUUAGUGUGUUCAAAACUUAAAAGAAACCCAUUUUCACGCUGCUCUCUACUCAAAUGGUAUCAUAAUUCUUUCCAGCACUUUUUAUGAAAGCAGCACAAAAUGAACCAUUUUUACUAUAAAGGACAUGUGUCCGUUUGCUUUGUGUGCAGGUAGAAGUUGUGUCAUUUAUUUUCAUCUUCGACGAAACCGUUUCUGGUGAUUUGUGGUAACUACGAUAUUCAUGUCCUCAUUACGGUAAACAUGUUCUCAUUACGUGGACAUUACGUGUCUUGUAUAGUAAGAAAUCACUGUAAACACACUGAUCAACGAUUUGCAUUUUCAUCCCAGUUGUUUACUUGUUGCGCCUUGUUUACGGUUUCAACACCAGACCAUUAUACCAAUUAAACUGUGAAUACAAACCGU